AAGUUUCCAGUUCCGGAGUUCCCUAAAACGGGCAAAACUCUCCCACGUCGACGCUGACGCGGACAUUUAUCAUUACCUUUUCAAAUCUAGGCAGCAUUUCGUCUUUGCUCACCGCCUGUGAUCAAUCCAAACCCAAAAUCAUGGAAUCAGCAGCAUUAGCUUCAAGAAUCCCCGCCGUCUUCUCCUCCUCCCUCCGAUCAAACGCCCACCGAUCUCACCUCCGACACCCUUCAAGAAUCUCCCUCCACCGUCCGAUCUCGCUCCGAAGCCGAACGCUAACCCUAGCCUCCGCCGCAGGCUCCGAUCAAGCUCCGAUGGGCUCGCAAUCUCAAUCGUUCUUUAGAUCGGCGCUCUCGAGCAUGGAGAAAGUUUACUUGACUAGAAAUCCGACUGCAAAAUCUGUUCUUGAAUCUGUGAGCUCGUCUGAUCGCAGUCCUGUGUGUUACGAUCACUUCGCUUUCCGAACAUUUGGGGUAGAUGGCCAUGGAAUUGAUUCCAUUGCAACAUUCUUCUUGGAUUUUGGUUAUACUUUACGAGAUGAACUGAGGUUUCCAGCAAAAAAGCUGAGAGCUUUGUGGUUUGCUCCUCCUGAGACUGAGUACAGUAACAAAUGUAGCUUGCCUUUGCCUAGGAUUUUUAUAUCGGAGCUUCUUGUGGAUGAGUUGAGUUCUCAAAGUCAGGAAAUAAUUAGAAAAUAUGUUAAGAUUUCUGGAAAUGGCAAUAAAUAUGCGGCCCUGGCAAGCACAUUGGGACAUUUAACUUGGGAAAAACCAAUAUUUUCUGAUUAUCAACAGCUGGCAAGGGAAAGUGAGUAUGCUGCAUGGACUCUUGUUAAUGGUUAUGCAGUUAAUCAUGUCACUAUAUCUGUUCAUCGGUUGAAGUCGCACAUUAGGAGUAUUAAAAGUCUUAAUCAGUUCAUUGAAGAUCAAGGAUAUAGAUUAAACUCCGAAGGAGGGACCCUGAAAGUGAGCCCAGAUGGCUUUCUUUUACAGAGUUCAACUGUGGCUGAUUCGACGUUGUUUAGUUUUGGCGAUGGUGUCACCGAGUCUGUUCCUUGCUCUUACAUUGAGUUUGCAGAACGCCUUGUAUUACCUCAGUACGAAAAGUUAGCAGAGGAAGAGAUCGAGGAGUUUCAUAGACGAGAUGGCUUUGAGGUGGGCAAUGCCGAUAAAAUCUUUGAGAGCACUUCAAAGGAUCAACUUACAAGGAAAGCUGCAUAGCUGAAGCCACCAAAAUCAGUUGCAUCCUAACGAAUAGAUGUCGGUUCCUGUAUACUUAAAUGAAAAAUGGCAGCACUCUGUAGCUGAGCAUGUAUUUUGUAAUUAAGUAACCAAAGAAGUAUAUGUCAUCAACAAGACUUCUACUAUAACAUCUUGUUACAUAUUUCAACAUCUCUGAUGCUCAUAGUCUUGUAUUGGAGCUUCACUUCAGAUCA